AACACAUCGAAACUAACUCGAAUCGACUCCAAACAAUUAACGCCAAAUUUUUUGUUUACUUCUUUAAGUACAAAAUUAAAAAGAGAUGGGUGGAUGUCGUUGUUGUUUUCGUGACUGCCAGGCAAACUCAACAAAAUGUGAGGGAAUGCAUUUUUUCCGCUUUCCCCUUAAGGAUCCUGAACGAUUCAAGAAAUGGAGAGAAUAUUGCAAACAAGAAGGUAUUUUGCAGAACCCUCAGAAAAAACAGAAAAACUAUGUCAUUUGUGGGCGGCACUUUCGGGAUGAGUGUUUUAUGAACUACAAAAAGGAUAGACUAACAAAUACAGCCGUCCCAACCAUACAUCGCCUGCGAGUGGACAAAGCGUUGGACUAUGAAUUGGAUAUCGAAAAUGGAGUUUUAGUUACCAUAGAACCACCUCAACAGAAACACUUGAUUCCGCCACCAGGACUUGACACUUUGUGUUUGGAAAAUGAUGAACAGUUGUGGGAGAAACUAAACGCCAUUGAAAGACAAGGCGGCGAUGAAGAAUCUUUGUUAGAAGAGAUGGUUGAUUUUAGCCAAGAUGACGUUUCCAGCUCAAACAUAAAUGCAGAAAAUGUGCACUUGCUAUCCUCACACUCUAAGCGAUACCAUGAUUCCUCUCCAGAGGACAUAGAUUUAGAAUGCGGUCCUCCAAAAAAAAUGAAAAUUUGUAAUCUCCAAAGUAAUGUCGCCAUUAUAGAGACUGCAGAUCAAACAGAUUCGUCCCCUGAAGCCAUGAUUCAACUGGAGAGCUUUCAAAGUAAUUUUCCCAAAAUCAUUAAUCAUCAAAUAAUAGAACCGGAUUGCACCCCAACUGUAAUAAAUAAGGAGUCCUAUAAUAUAACCGAUAAUGGCAACGAUUAUGAAUUAAUUGAAAUACAAAAUGAUAAAAUAGUGUUAAAAUCUUGCGUCCGAAAGAAACAAAAAGAAGAUGAGGUUGCAUCGACUUACGCCUCUUGUGGCAUCUCGCCUCAAAGGCAGACAUCAAAAUUGCAGCUAAUGGAAAAAGCUAACGAGGAAUUGCAGGAGCAAAAAACUUAUUUAGAAAACACACUACAUUCUCGUCUUAAAGAAAAUGAUGAAAAGUCUAAAGAAAUUAAUAACCUUAAGUCUCAAAAUGUCCAACUGCGGAAUGAAAUCGAGUUGCUGAAGAAACAGUUGCGAGGUGCACAGCUAUCUGGAACAGAUGUCAAAAGCUUGAGGGAGUCCUACGAGGAACAACUGAAAACUGAAACUCGUAGGAAUACAAUAGCCGAGCAAAAAUUUGCCGACCAAAUAGGCAUACUGAAAUCCAACUUAGAGAUAGCUAGGUUGAAAUUGUCUGAGGCCAAAACUAGUUUAAAAAAUGCGAAAGAAGAAUGCACCAGAGCUCUAGAUCGAAAUGAAAAUUUAGUUAAGCAACAAGUUGAAACUGACAAUAAACUUCAAAAUUUGCAAAAAUUAUACGAAGAUAAAGAUGUGGAACAUCAACUGCUGGCGGCAAACUAUGAGACAUUGCAAAUAAAACACAUUGAUCUACAGAAGAACUACAAAAGGCUACAGAAUCAACAAGAUCAACAAGUGGCAAUGGCUACCACAACCAAUAAAAACAAUAAUAACCCAUCGAAUGAUCAUCCUAAGUCUUCGACUACCUCUGCUGUAUCCUUCGCCACAAAUACAUUGAGCAAAGCUCAACUUUUUAAUGGCAUAAAACGUUAUGUAAGCUCUUCCAUGACCGCUUUGUUACGCAUGGAAAUGUUUGGUAGCUCGGAGAGAGAAUGGAAAACCGAUGAGCGACAGGUAGCUGUAGAUUUACUGUGUUUGGGUGAAUCUGUCUAUGAAUAUUUCACAGACGAAUGGCGUUUACGAUUGCCAGGUAUACGCGAUGUUCGUGAUUGGUCGAACCAAGCCUCAAAUAUGGACGACGAAGAAGUCUUGUGAUCCCGAAGUUUAUUUGUGUGGGAAAAAUCAAAUCAAAAACAAUAUCUAUGUCAGAAAUACCUUUUUGACUCAUUUUAAAAACUUUUAAAAUGUUAUAUUUCGAUAAUUAAAAUAGUGAAUUAUGUACAUUUUUAAGAUAUCAAAUAAAUGCUAAUCUAAUUCUA